ACUGUAAAUAAUGGAAUAUUGGGCUAGCAGAAAGUGUAUAAAUAGGUAGAGACAGAUGUGCUAAGGUGCUCAAGAGUGUCGAGAUAUAACGGCUAUAUAAGCACAGGCGUUGGAUCAAAACUUAGCCACAUCCACUCUUUCUUUGCUUUUGAAUCUUAAGGUUGGACGAGCUUAGAAUACAUUGAACAGAUUAAAUGGGUACAAGAAUUUCGGUGUCGAUCCUCAUGGUGACAUUGCUGCUUGUUGGUUCUUCAGCUUGCUUUGUGGAAGAGCUGAAGUCGCUUGGAUUUACUUACUCGGGUGCGACUGGCCCUCAGAGAUGGGGAAACUUGAGUCCAUAUUUCUCAGCAUGUAAUGGAAAGAAGCAAUCUCCUCUGGACCUUGCCAAGGACAAGGUUAUUCGUAGCAGGAAUUUCAAGCCAUUAACCCGAAAUUACCUUGCGUUGAAUGCCACAUUAUACAACAAUGGCUUUAACAUUGGGGUGCAUUUCGAUGGACAAAUUGCCGGAACAUUAGUCAUAGAUGGUAAGAAUUACAACUUGAAGCAGCUGCACUGGCAUUCUCCAUCUGAACACCGUAUUAAUGGAGUCCAAUUUCCAGCGGAGCUUCAUCUAGUUCACCUGGCAGAUGAUAAUAGCAUCGCAGUUGUGGCAAUUCUUUUCCAAUAUGGCAAAGAUGAUAUCUUCAUCUCUCAGAUCAAGGACAAGCUGGCGGAGUUGGCCGAGGAGGUAUGUAGAAGAGAUAAGGAUGCACAUAUUCCCCUCGGAAAUAUAGACAUGAAAGAGUUUGAUAAAAGAACCCGCAAAUAUUGGAGAUAUGUUGGCUCUCUCUCUUCUCCUCCAUGCACUGAGAAUGUCAUCUGGAACAUCCUUGGAAAGGUGAGGUACAUUUCCAAGGCUCAGAUAGACGCUAUAAAAGCACCAUUGGGAGCAGAUUACAAGAACAACUCGAGACCGCUGCAGCCUCUUAAUGGACGCAAAAUUGAGCUCUUCCAUGAGCUUAGCAACUAGAAGAGAGUAGUAUAAGUCACCAUCUAGCUGAUAUUUUGUCGACAUUAGUGUACUUUUUUUUUUUUUUUUUGAUGAAUGGAAGAGAAAAAUAAGUUUGUGUAUGCCUUUCUCAA